AUGGCGGCGGCGGCGGCCGCGCUGUGCGGCGGGCUGCUCGACUACAAGACGGAGAAGUUCGCGCUGACGCGGAACCGGCGGGUGGGGCUGCUGCACCGCCUGCUGCAGCUCGCCGUCCUGGGCUACCUGCUCGGGUGGGUGCUCGUGGUGCGGAGGGGCUACCAGGACACGGACGCGGCCCCCCACGUCUCGGUCAUCACCAAGCUGAAGGGGGUUUCGGUCACCCGGGCGAAGGACGCGCGCAGCCGGCUCUGGGACGCGGCCGAUUACGCGAGCCCACCUCAGGGAGAAAACGUGCUCUUUCUGGUGACCAACUUCAUUGCCACAGCCAAGCAAGCCCAAGGCACCUGUCCCGAGCCAGAAUCACUUGUGACCAGAAGGACGAGGGACAUAGUCUGUUGGGUCCUCCACAGCUGUCUGGGCUUCUUGAAGAGCCCCUCUGUGCUAGAUGGGAUGUGCACAGAAGAUGUGGACUGUCCCGUGGGAAGCCCAGUGGUUCAUGGCAAUGGGAUAAAAACUGGAAAAUGUGUGAUGUUCAACACUACCCAUUCCACCUGUGAGAUCUAUGGCUGGUGCCCCGUGGAGAACAACACCCUGCCCAGGAAACCUCUUCUGGCUGAGGCUGAGAAUUUUACUCUUUUUAUAAAAAAUACUGUCAACUUCACCAAAUUUAACUUCUCCAAGGGCAAUACUUUGCAAACCAAUGACCCCACCUAUUUCAAGAGCUGCACGUACGAUCCGUUUUUCAACCCUUCCUGCCCCGUGUUCCGUAUCGGCGACGUGGUAGAGGCAGCUGGGGAGACCUUUGGGGAUCUCGCACUGCUGGGAGGAAGCAUCAGCAUUCGCAUUGAGUGGGACUGUGACCUGGAUCAGCCCACUGCCCAGUGCCAGCCGCGGUACUCCUUCAUCCUUGUGGACAGGAGGUACAAUUUCAGAACGGCCUCUUACUACUGGGACUCCCAGCAGCGGCCCUACCGGAGCCUGAUGAAACUGUACGGCAUCCGCUUUGACAUCUCUGUGCAUGGCCAGGCUGGGAAGUUCGGCAUAAUUCCUGCUGCCGUGAGUUUUGGCACCGGCAUUGCAUUCUUCGGAGCCGCCACAGUGGUCUGUGACCUGGUUCUGCUCUAUCUGGAUACAAAGGCUGACUUCUAUUGGAAGGAGAAGUUUGAGGAGGCAAUACCCCCCAAAGGUAAGACAGAGGCAGCAGCUGAACCACAGUGGGCUGACCAAGACAUCAGGAAUGCUCAGUGACGAUCACUGUUCAAUCCGGAGUGACCUCCAGAUAGACGUGAUGGGGGCACAGCUGC